UGAAAGCGAGAGCUGUUACCUCCAUCAUAACUAUACAUUGUAGUAUGAAAUGAUUUUAUGAGGCGAAUACGCUAUUUUUACAUAUUAUGUGAAAGUCUGUUAACAAAAAUUGUUAUACUAUUUGAUAAUCGAUAAAUAAUCGAUUCUGUUUUACGCCAUAAUAUUACUAUUUAUAUGGCAAGUUUAAAGAGUGUUUUUGAAGUGAAUCGUAAGGUGUUAUCUUCAGAUAAUAUUUGAUCUGAUUAUCACUGAUGUUUAUAUGUGGAGGUAAAAUUGAUCAGUGUUUUCGAAAACAGUGAGAGUUUCGAAUUGUGAGAUAUGGAACUUUUUAACACCUUUACGAUUUUGGUUUGCACCACCAUCCUUCUGAUAUGGCUUUGGCUGAAAAAUAACUAUCAUUUCUGGAAAAAACGCAAUAUUGAAAGUGCUCAUUACGCAUAUUUCUGGGGAAGUUUGAAAGAAGUUUUCCUACAAAAAGACACUUUCUCAAAUAGCACGCGAAAGAUAUACAGAGAGUUCAAAGAGAAAGGUGCAAGGCAUGUUGGCAUUUUCCUUCUGUGGGUUCCUCUGUAUAUGCCUAUUGACAUAGAAAUAGUGAAAUCCAUCAUGCAAGUAGACUUUCAGCAUUUUGUAGACAGGGGAGUUUAUGUUAAUGAAAAAGCCGAUCCUUUGAGCGCCCACUUGUUCAGUUUGGAAGGAAAGAGAUGGAAGCUUUUGAGGAAUAAAUUGAGUCCAACAUUCACAUCUGGAAAGAUGAAAAUGAUGUUUGAAACUUUGGUGGACUGCACAAAAGGUUUGAAAAAAGUUAUGGAUGAAGAAAUGGGAAAAUCAGUGGAUAUCAAAGACAUUCUGGGAAGAUUCACAACUGAUGUAAUAGGAAGCUGUGCUUUUGGUUUGAACUGCAACAGUUUGGAGGACCCCAAAAGUGAAUUCAGGGAAAAAGGAAAAUCUCUUUUCGAAAAAGAAUUCUGGUUGAACAUCAAAGAAGUAUUGCUCUUUCUUCUACCAAAUUUCAUGAAGAAACUCAAUGUGAAAUUGACACCAGAUGAUGUCAGCAACUUUUUCAUGGGUGUGGUUAAAGAAACUGUCGAAUAUAGAGAAAAAAAUAACAUAUACAGAAAAGAUUUCAUGCACCUCCUGAUACAACUGAAAAAUGAAGGGAAGUUAAUCGAUAACGAGAAGAUUGAUACUGAAAAAAUUACAGAGGAGGAAAACUCAAUAACACUCGAUGAAAUUUGUGCACAAGCUUUCAUUUUCUUCGAGGCGGGUUUCGAAACUUCCGCCACAACCAUGACUUUUUGUUUGUAUGAAUUAGCCACGAAUAAGGAGAUUCAGAAGAGAGCCAGGGAUGAAAUGAGAAGUGUUCUGAGUAGACAUAAAGGAGAGCUGACAUAUGAUGCAGCUAUGGAAAUGCAUUAUGUUGAACAAGUUAUCAACGAAACUCUAAGAAAAUAUCCUCCACUACCAAUAUUGAAUCGCAUUUGUACAAAGGAAUACAAAGUCCCAAACACAGACAUCGUAUUGGAGAAAGGUGUAAGGGUUAUGAUUCCUGUAAUGGGAAUACAGAGAGAUCCGGAGUAUUACCCAGAUCCAGACAAAUUCGAUCCAGAAAGGUUUUCAGAAGAGAACAAGAGAAAUAUAAAACCAUUUACAUUUCUUCCAUUUGGUGAAGGACCUCGUGUUUGUAUUGGUACUCGAUUCGGCAUGAUGCAGACUAAAGUUGGACUAACAGCUCUCCUUUUAAAUUAUGAUUUCGACGUGAGUGAAGAUACGAAAGAGCCCAUCGAAUUCGAUCCCAAAUCAUUCAUUUUAUUGACUAAAGGUGAUAUUUGGUUGAAGUAUCGACGUAUUGAUACAACGGAAACUGAGCUAAUUGCCUUAGUAAAAAUGGCCGACCCACUCUCGCUGGCACUCAUCGCAACAUGUGUAGUCCUCUUCUGCACUUGGUUGAGAUACAAAUUCACCCACUGGAGCAGGAAAAACAUUCCAACACCAUCCCUCCAACUAUUCUUAAAACUCUUUAAGAUGGGCAUACUGCAGCAGAACGCUUACGCAGAUAGAGAUUUGUAUCUGUAUAACAAUUUCAAGCAACAGAAUUUCUUACACGGGGGAACAUACUUCUAUCACCUUCCCAUCUAUAUCCCUAUUGAUCUGAAAAUAAUCAAGCAUAUUUUGCAAAUCGACCAUCAGCACUUUACUGAUCGUGGGCUGUACGUAAACGAGAAAGCCGACCCUCUAAGUGCUCAUUUGUUCAGUUUGGGAGGUGAGAGAUGGAGAUCUUUGAGGAAGAAGUUGACUCCCACAUUCACAUCGGGAAAGCUGAGGAUGAUGUUUGAUACUAUGCAAGAUUGCACUUGUGAUCUUCAGAGAGUCAUGACUGAAAAUAUUGGCACUGAUUUUGAUGUCAGGGAUGUAAUGGCCAGGUUCACAACAGACAUUAUCGGCAGCGUAGCUUUUGGAGUGAAAUGCAACAGUUUGGAGAAUCCCAAAUGUGAGUUUAGGGAAAGAGCUCAGGCCGUGUUUCGCACAGACAUUUUGGCUGCCGUGAAACAAGGUGCGCUCUAUGCAUUUCCUGAGCUAUUUCAGUCUCUGAACGUGAAAACCCUCGACCCGAAGUCUAGCGAAUUCUUCAUGGACGUGAUAAAGGACACAGUGAAUUACAGGGAGAAGAACAACGUCUUCAGAAGGGACUUCAUGCACCUUCUUAUACAACUUAAGAACAGCAAAUUGAUGGAUACCGGUAACAAGACCGUGGAAGAUACCUCCAUAACAGUGGAGGAGAUUGCUGCCCAGGCCUUCAUCUUUUUCGAGGCUGGUUACGAGAGUUCCUCUAAUACUAUGACUUUCGCCCUUUAUGAACUUGCAAGACAUAUGGACAUUCAAGAUAGAGUUCGGGAAGAAAUUUUCCAGGUUUUGGAUAAGCAUGGAGGUGUCCUCAAUUAUGAUGCAGUUGAAGAAAUGAAAUAUUUGGAUCAAGUUCUUUGUGAGGUAUUGAGGAAAUAUCCCCCACUCUCUAGUUUGUAUCGUAAAUGUAACGAAAGAUACACACUCCCCGGUACGAAUAUAGUUUUGGAGAAAGGUACUCGAGUUUUGAUUCCAACAUUUGGUAUACAUAAUGAUCCAGAAUACUAUCCGGACCCAGAAAAGUUCGAUCCUGACAGAUUUUUACCAGAAAACAAAAAUGAAAGAUCAGAUCUGGCAUUCUUACCUUUUGGUAAUGGACCAAGGAUAUGUAUAGGUCUACGAUUUGGUAAAUUACAAAUCAAAGUUGGGCUCAUUUCCCUCAUAAAAAAUUUCGAAUUUAUGACGACUGAGAAGACACCCUACCCUCUGAAGUUCGAUUCAGAAAGUAUCACAGUGACUCCAAAAGGACAGUUGCACCUGAGACACAGAAAAUUUACAAGAAACGCCCUAACACAAGAUUAUUAAAGUGAACUGUUUAUCGAGGAAGUGAAUAAAGUAUUUAUUUUAUCUGUUGAAGUAUUUAUCUUUAAAAAUGUUGUAUUCUGUUGAACAGAUACGAUGCCAAUUUUGAAUAAAGGUUUACUAUUUUUCUA